CUUCGUUGUCAAACCAACUCACCACUCCUGACACCAUGAGCUACUACGGCAGCCAUUAUGGUGGCCUGGGCUAUGGCUAUGGCUGUGGCUGUGGCAGCUUCCGCAGACUGGGCUGUGGCUGUGGCUAUGGAGGCUACGGAUAUGGCUCUGGAUUUGGAGGUUAUGGAUGUGGCUCUGGAUUUGGAGGCUAUGGGUAUGGCUCUGGCUAUGGAGGCUAUGGAUAUGGAUGCUACCGCCCAUCAUGCUGCGGAGGAUACAGAAUCUCUGGAUUCUACUGAAAAGCUAGCUGAUUCUCAGACUCUUCGGCCGCACUCCUGCCUCUAUGCUUCAGGGAGGAAAUGCUUUUCUGGAUGUAGCAGAAACAACUAAUAUUUGUUGACUUCAAGCUCCAGAAGGCCCCGUCACCAAUUCUAGUAGAAAGUGGAAUCUUCCCAUUAAACCGAACUGUUCCCCACUAGCAUUUCUUGUGACCAUGCCUGACCUAUGUUUAAAAAUGAUUUUAAAUAAAUAUGUUUCACUGACCUAGCAAA